GGUAGCACAGUACGUCCAUUUCAUUCGGAGGACAGUGUGGUGUGAAUAAUGAGAGUCAAGCUGCUUGGAUUUUGGAUAUGGUGUCUUUUAGGCACCCGAUUUCCAUCAAUCGCAGGAGAGAUCAGUUCACAACUGCGAGGAGAACUAAAAAAUCUCGUGUCUUAUGAUCCGUGCCAUCGUACGGGUAUAAAUCGAAAUACAAGAGACUGCCGGGCAUCCGUUAUGAAGUUCAUAGAUAUCCCGGAAAAUGAUCGUGGCCCCUGUAAAAAUAUUCAUACUUUUGCCUGUCACUCUAAGUUCUUUGGGUCCGAUAAAUGUAAAGUGUGGGUCACGGGACCAGGAAUACCAAGCAAACAAGAGGUGACAUUGAGUUGGUGUGUACAACAAUUUCUCAAUCCCUCAUGGGAAGAAGCUCCUAAGAAAAAGUCAUCACGGAAAUUUGGGAAAAAAUCCUCAUUUAGGAAACAAGGAAGUAAACGAGGCUGAAUGAAUUUCACCAAAAAAUGAGAAUUAAACCAAAUACCC